CGGGGGGGUUGGGGCAGAUCUGGUGUGGUUUGGAGCAGCCCUGAUGGCAUUUGGGGGGUUUUAGGGGGCUCUGAGGGAAUCUGGAGGGUCCUGAUGGAGAUUUGGGUGCUCCUGAUGGAAUUUGGGGGGGUCCUGAUGGAGAUUUGGGUGCUCCUGAUGGAAUUUGGGGGGGUCCUGAUGGAAUUUAGGGGACUCCUGAUGAAGUUUGGGGGUUCCUGAUGGACUUUGGAGGUCCUGAUGGAAUCUGGGGAGCCCUGAUGGAGUUUGGGGGGCCAAGACUGCCGGGACCCCCCGAGCAGCACUGGGGGUGGGGGUUGGGCUGGUUUUGGGGGGCUCUGGGGGAAUUUGGGUACCCCCCCCCCCCGGCCCGAGCGAGGGGGAUAGUGCGGGAGGGGAGCGGGACUGUUGCAUUUUGGGGUGAAAUAUUGGAAUUUUGGGGUGAAAUAUUGGAAUUUUGGUAAAUAAACCCACAUUUUGUGACAGCAGCUCUUUGGCUGUUCCGUGCGUGAUGUCACGGGGAGGAAAGGGGGGCUUCAUCGUGACGUCACGGUCCACGCGAGUGACGUCACGCCUAAAAAAACCCCGCGCCCCCCCCAAAAAAAACCAAAAAAAAAAAACGGCGCGUUUUGGGCCUCUCGCGCCGCCGUCGGAGGCCGCGCGAGGUCUCGCGGGAGGACGGGCGGGAAGUCUCGCGAGAGCGGCGCGCAGGGCGGCCGCGGCACCGGAGAGUCGCGACAGGGCCCGGGAGAGUCGCGACAGCGCCGGGGCGGGCGGGGCGGCUCCGGGAGAGUCCCGACAGCGCCGGGAGCCGCAGCAGCGCCGGCGGAGCCAGGCCCGCAGCGGAACCGCGGACCCCCAGCACCCCUCAGAGACCCACCGGAUCCCUCAGAGCACCCCCAGACCCCUGAGGACCCCCCGAGCCCCCCCCGGCCAUGUCGGACAGCGAGGACAGCAACUUCUCGGAGGAGGAGAGCGAGCGCAGCAGCGACGAGGGCGACGACAACGAGGCCGAGGAGCAGCGCGGGGGGGGCAGCGGGAAGGAGGAGGCGGAGGAGGAGGAGGAGGAGGAGGAGGAAGAGGAGGAGGAGGAGGAGUACGAUGAGGAGGAGGAGGAGGAGGAAGAUGACGACCGGCCGGCCAAGAAGCCACGGCACGGGGGGUUCAUCCUGGACGAGGCCGAUGUGGACGAUGAGUACGAGGAUGAAGAUCAGUGGGAGGACGGGGCUGAGGACAUCCUGGAGAAAGAGGAGAUCGAAGCCUCCAACAUCGACAACGUGGUGCUGGACGAGGAUCGCUCGGGGGCGCGGCGCCUGCAGAACCUCUGGAGGGACCAGCGGGAGGAGGAGCUGGGCGAGUACUACAUGAAGAAAUACGCCAAGUCCUCGGUGGGGGAGACAGUUUACGGCGGCUCUGAUGAGCUCUCGGACGACAUCACCCAGCAGCAGCUGCUGCCCGGCGUCAAGGACCCCAACCUCUGGACGGUGAAGUGCAAGAUCGGCGAGGAGCGCGCCACAGCCAUCGCCCUCAUGCGCAAGUUCAUCGCCUACCAGUACACGGAGACGCCGCUGCAGAUCAAGUCGGUGGUGGCCCCCGAGCACGUGCGGGGGUACCUGUACGUGGAGGCCUACAAGCAGACGCACGUCAAGCAGGCCAUCGAGGGCGUGGGCAACCUGCGGCUGGGCUACUGGAACCAGCAGAUGGUGCCCAUCAAGGAGAUGACCGACGUGCUCAAGGUGGUCAAGGAGGUCACCAACCUCAAGCCCAAGGCCUGGGUGCGCCUCAAGAGGGGCAUCUACAAGGACGACAUCGCCCAGGUGGAUUACGUGGAGCCCAGCCAGAACCAGAUCUCCCUGAAGAUGAUCCCCAGGAUCGACUUCGACCGGAUCAAAGCCCGGAUGAGCCUGAAGGACUGGUUCGCCAAACGCAAGAAGUUCAAGCGGCCGCCGCAGCGCCUCUUCGACGCCGAGAAGAUCCGCUCCCUGGGCGGGGACGUGGCCUCGGACGGCGACUUCCUGAUCUUCGAGGGCAACCGCUACAGCCGCAAGGGCUUCCUGUUCAAGAGCUUCGCCAUGUCGGCCGUGAUCACUGAGGGUGUCAAGCCCACCUUAUCCGAGCUGGAGAAAUUCGAGGACCAACCCGAGGGCAUCGACCUGGAGGUGGUGACCGAGAGCACAGGGAAGGAGCGGGAGCACAACUUCCAGCCGGGCGACAACGUGGAGGUGUGCGAGGGCGAGCUGAUCAACCUGCAGGGCAAAAUCCUCAGCGUGGACGGCAACAAGAUCACCAUCAUGCCCAAGCACGAGGACCUCAAGGAUAUGCUGGAGUUCCCGGCACAGGAGCUGAGGAAAUACUUCAGGAUGGGCGACCACGUGAAGGUGAUCGCCGGGCGCUUCGAGGGCGACACGGGGCUCAUCGUCAGGGUGGAGGAGAAUUUCGUCAUCCUGUUCUCGGACCUGACCAUGCACGAGCUGAAGGUGCUGCCCCGGGAUCUGCAGCUCUGCUCCGAGACGGCCUCGGGGGUGGACGUGGGGGGCCAGCACGAGUGGGGGGAGCUGGUGCAGCUGGACCCCCAGACCGUGGGGGUCAUCGUGCGGCUGGAGCGGGAAACCUUCCAGGUGCUGAACAUGUACGGGAAGGUGGUGACGGUGCGGCACCAGGCCGUGUCCCGCAAGAAGGACAAUCGCUUCGCCGUGGCGCUGGACUCGGAGCAGAACAACAUCCACGUCAAGGACAUCGUCAAAGUCAUCGACGGCCCCCACUCCGGCCGCGAGGGCGAGAUCCGCCACCUGUUCCGCGGCUUCGCCUUCCUGCACUGCAAGAAGCUGGUGGAGAACGGCGGCAUGUUCGUCUGCAAGACGCGGCACCUGGUGCUGGCGGGGGGCUCCAAGCCCCGCGACGUCACCAACUUCGCCGUCUGCGGCUUCACGCCGAUGUCGCCGCGCAUCAGCAGUCCCAUGCACCCCAGCGGGGCCGGCCAGCGCGGCGGCUUCGGGGCCGGGGGGCUGAGCCGGGGCCGCGGCCGGCGCGACAACGACCUGAUCGGGCAGACGGUGCGCAUCUCCCAGGGGCCCUACAAAGGCUACAUCGGGGUGGUGAAGGACGCCACGGAGUCGACGGCGCGUGUGGAGCUGCACUCGACGUGCCAGACCAUCUCCGUGGACAGGCAGCGGCUGACCACCGUGGGGUCCCGGCGGCCCGGGGGUCUGACCUCAGCCUACGGGAGGACCCCCAUGUACGGCUCGCAGACCCCCAUGUACGGCUCGGGGUCCCGCACGCCCAUGUACGGCUCGCAGACCCCGCUGCACGACGGAAGCCGCACGCCCCACUACGGCUCCCAGACCCCCCUGCACGACGGGAGCAGGACCCCGGCCCAGAGCGGGGCCUGGGACCCCAACAACCCCAACACGCCCUCCAGGGCGGACGAGGACUUCGAGUACGGCUUUGAGGACGAGCCCACGCCGUCGCCCCAGGGCUACGGGGGCACCCCGAACCCCCAGACCCCCGGGUACCCCGACCCCGCCUCGCCCCAAGUCAGCCAGCCCUACAACCCCCAGACCCCCGGCACGCCCGCCAUGUACAACACGGAGCAGUUCUCGCCCUACGCCGUCCCCUCCCCACAGGGCUCCUACCAGCCCAGCCCGUCCCCCCAGAGCUACCAUCAGGUGGCCCCGAGCCCGGUGGGCUACCAGAACACGCACUCGCCGGCCAGCUACCACCCCACGCCGUCCCCCAUGGCCUACCAGGCCAGCCCCAGCCCCAGCCCGGUGGGCUACAGCCCGAUGACCCCCGGGGCGCCGUCGCCGGGGGGGUACAACCCCCACACGCCGGGCUCGGGCAUCGAGGCCAGCGCAGGCGACUGGGUGACCACGGACAUCCAGGUGAAGGUGCGGGACUCGUACCUGGACAGCGCCGCCGUGGGGCAGACGGGCGUCAUCCGCAGCGUCACGGGCGGGAUGUGCUCGGUGUACCUGAAGGACAGCGAGAAGGUGGUCAGCGUGUCCAGCGAGCACCUGGAGCCCGUCACGCCCACCAAGAGCAACAAGGUGAAGGUGAUCCUGGGCGAGGACCGCGAGGCCACCGGGAUCCUGCUGAGCAUCGACGGCGAGGACGGCAUCGUGCGCAUGGACCUGGAGGAGCAGCUCAAGAUCCUCAACCUGCGCUUCCUGGGCAAGCUGCUGGAGGCCUGAGCCGGCCCGGGGGCUUCCGACCCGGUUCUGACCCGCCUCCGACCCAUUUCCCCCUUUCUGACCCGCUUCUGCCCCAUUGCCCCCUUUUUCUGUUCAAUUUCUGCUCUUUUCUACCCCUUUUCUGCCCCGUUAUCCCCCUUUUCUGC